CUAGACGUGGUUUGUUUUUAUUCUUGUGAGAAGUGAGCAGUUGUACAAGAAAACUCUGUGACGUCCACAGAUUCGCAAUGCCAUUGCAGAGAAUGCUGUCAAGAGCGCAUGCCACAUGAGCGAGUGAGUAGCCUAACAGAAGAAAUGAACAACGGCAAGCUCGCUGUCACAUCUCACUACGGAGAUAUGCCACCGUUCAAUGCCGGCGCCGUGGUUUCCAGACUUCUCUUGGGCUGAAAGCAGAAAUGGAAGGAUCGGUGGGUAAACCUUUUAUGUUUGCUUAUUUUCGCAUAAGAGAAGCUUUUGAAACCACUUUUCAUUAACGAGUUGAUUUAUUUUGCGAGCUCAACGGACGGAAAAUGUUACAUGGGCUUCAUUGACGAGAACAACAGUGGCGCAAUCAAGUCAUGCGUACGGACGCCAGACAUUAAACAAUGUGUCUCCACUAUUUUGUGUAACUGUCUGGGAGCGCCGGCAUGAGUUUACGGCUGAGCUAGAUCUCGUUGUUGUGCAGAUAUAUGUUUAAUAAGUCGCCUACUACUACUGGCACGUCCGUAUCAAAUGUAUAUGCGAUGCAUGGUACUCCGCACCUGACAGGAUUCAGAGGUACCAGAUUCCUGUUAGAACCUUAUUGACACGUCACCUGGAAGGUGUUCACACCCCGCCGGAUUAGUUUGGAAAGGAUGGAGCUGUAGGAACCAAACUGACUGCUUUGUGCCGCGACAUGCUCGAUUACUGAGCGCCGGAGAAUGUAAACACACACCUGAACCGAAGAGACUUUCCGCCGCUGCUCAAACAUGACGAGUAACGGCCCCAGCAUCGUUUUCGAGUGGCUCAAAGCUCUCCAGCUCUGCCAGUAUGUCGAAUCUUUCGUAGAUAACGGCUACGACGACCUGGAAGUUUGCAAACAGAUUGGGGAGCCCGACUUGGACGCUAUUGGCGUGUUCAAUUCGCACCACAGGAUAAAGGUGCUGAAUGCUGUGUCGCGACUGAAAGAGGAGGACAAGAAAUUAGCCCCGGGGCACUACUUCACCUUAGAACCGGUGGUUACGAUAUCAAACCCACACACAACAUCCCUCAGAAGUGAAGGCAACCAUAAGGACUCUAGAUUAUGGACAGAUUCCACAUGGGAUAGCAGUGGAUUAAAAUCCAGGUUCACCCCGGGAAACAACAAUCUAUUGCUUGGACACUGUCAAGAACCAGUGACUUACCCAAAGCUGAAACUGAAGAUCAUGAUAAGAGAUAAACUUCUGAAAGAUGGCAUCGACCUUGGCUGUCCACCCUACUCUAAAGAGGAUGGCUCUCUUGGGAACAUUGAGGAUCUGGCACAGGAGUACUCCGAAUACUACAGCACCUCUUACAGCGACGUAUGCAACAGGAUGGACGAGCUACGCAAGCGCAAGGUGGCGCAGGACACUGAAACGGCCAAGAUUGAGCCCAUCUCAACCUCUCUGCAGCUGAGAUCAGAAAUACAGGAAUCGCUGGGCUUCAACAGUGCCAUGUCCACCCCAGAGACUGAGAGAAAGCUGUCUAUGCACAAGUCCAGUUCUGAGGAUGGCAUAGGAGGAAAAGCUGACAGCAGAAAGAAGAACAAAUCUUUUUGGCAGAAUUUCCGCAAGUCGCAGAAGGGAGCUGGAAGACAAAUGUCAAAAGGCGGGGAGGACCUGGGCUUCGUGGCCAGUGAGAUCACCAUGAGUGAUGAAGAGCGGAUCCAGCUGAUGAUGAUGGUGAAGGAGCGGAUGAUCACUGUGGAGGAGGCUCUCGCACGGCUGAAGGAGUUUGAGAGCCAGAGCCGCCAGGCGGGCAGCAGCGACAUGGCCGAGUGGAACCACAGCUCCAGCCCCUCCAUCAACGAGUCCAACAGCAACUCGAGGGAGCAGUCCGACGACGAGCUCGAGGACUCCGUCACAUUCCGCAGGCUGCACAAGCUGGUCAACUCUACACGCCGCGUCCGCAAGAAGCUCAUCCGCAUCGAUGAGUCCAAGAAGCCUGGAUCUAGAGAGUGUGGCAGCUCAGAGGCCUCUCCCUCCACUGAGGAGGCCACACCCAUCUACUCAGGUGUGCAGAGGAAGCUGCUGGUCUCCCAGGGCGACGGGCUGGCCUCAGUGCUGCAGGAGCAGCUCUCGUUGGAUGGAGACUCUGACAGCCUGACCACUUCGCCCUCGUCCAGCAGCCUGGACACCUACAGCGGUCACAAGCUGAUGCGGGCCUUUGGGAAGUCCAACAGCAUCGGAGGCCUAGUGGGGACGGGAGGCGUAGCCGGGGGCAUGGCGGGCAGAGGAGCGGGCAGCCCCCUGGCUCUGGGCGUACUGGAGGCGGGCAGCGGCUCCUCUUUCUCGGAGGUGGAAGGGGGAUGUGAGGACGAGCCCCACGUGAUGUCACGCUCUGCCACCGAGGGGGAGAUGCGGCGGGGGCUAAACCCCAACUACCACGGGAGGACUUGUAGUUUUGGAGGGUUCGACCUCACCAACCGCCCCUUGUAUUCCCCCGGCACUGUAUGCGACCCCCAUGGUAGAGAAGACGAGGAUGGUCUGAGAGCGCUCUCUCGGUCUCCGACCCCCACACGUGUGUCUCUGGGGAAGAAGGUCAAGUCUGUGAAGGAGACCAUGAGGAAACGCAUCUCUAAGAAGUACCACAGCUCGGCCAGUUCUGAACAGUCCAGUCCUAUCCGAGGCUGCAACUCUCUGUCUCCCCCUCUGGACUCAGACACCCCAGAGAAACCCCGGCUGAAGGCAGGAGGCUCUGUGGAGAGCCUCAGAAGCUCUCUGAGUGGACAGAGUUCCAUGAGUGGCCAGACGGUCAGCACCACAGACUCCUCAGCCAGUAACCGGGAGAGCGUCAAAUCGGAGGACGGCGAGGAGGAGGAGCUUCCGUAUCGUGGGCCCUUCUGUGGCAGAGCACAGGUGCACACAGACUUCACCCCGAGCCCCUACGACACGGACUCCCUGAAACUCAAAAAAGGCGAUGUGAUUGACAUCAUCAGCAAGCCGCCCAUGGGCACGUGGAUGGGCCUGCUGAACAACAAGGUGGGCACCUUCAAGUUCAUCUACGUGGACGUGUUGACCGAGGAGGAGGAGAAGCCGCGCAAGAGCAGCCGUCGCAGGAGGAAGGCCCGUCCACCCAAGCCCACGUCCGUUGAGGAGCUCUUGGAGCGCAUUAACCUCAAAGAACACAUGCCAACGUUCUUGUUCAAUGGCUAUGAGGACCUGGACACCUUCAAGCUUCUGGAGGAAGAGGACUUGGAGGAGCUCAAUAUCAGAGACCCCCAGCACAAAGCUGUACUCAUGACUGCUGUGGAGCUUCUACAGGAGUAUGACAGCAACAGUGACCCUGAGAGGGCAGGAGGCUCCAGUGGCUCUCAGGAGAAGCUGCUUCUGGAGGGGCCCGUCCCCACCGGCGACUCCCCCCGCGACUCCGGCUGCUACGAGAGCACCGAGCACCUGGAGAACGGGAGGAUCAAAAAGACAUCUUACUUAAGCAGGUCUUCGUCAGGCUUCGAGUCUAGCCACCUCCCUUCCCCCGAGUCCCCCAGCCUCCCCCUUACCCACCUCAGCCUCAUCCCUCCAGGGCAGGACCAGAGGCCCAACUCCCUCCCUCCCCGCAUAGCCACCAUGCAAGGCUUGGUGGAGGACCACAUGCUGGGAGCCCGCGCCCUCAGCCAGAGCUUGGACUCCAUGGGCAGCCACGCCGCCCUGGGGUUCAGGAGGUGCUACCAGUCCCCCGAGGAGUUCCACCAGGAGAGAGAGCUCCAGGAAGAGCCGAGUGGCAGCACAGAGGAGCCGGAUUCAAAAGGGCCGACUGAAGUGAAAAACCUGGAACCUCCAUCUCCAUGUGAGGAAGAGGAACCCGAACAGCUGACUGCGCCAUGUGCGUCUGAAGCAGUGAAGCCGGUCCUGUUGUCUCUGCCUGAUGCGUGUGAUGCAGUGGUGGCCUCACCAUCUCCAGGGCCCUCUGCAUCUGAACCUGAAGAACCAAGUCAGCCCACUGAACCAUGUUCAUCUGCACCAGCAGAAGAGUCUCUCCAGUCUACUGCUCAUGUAGGGUCUGACAAGGAGGAGUCAACACAUGGCAGUGCAGCUGUAGUAUCCGAAUCCGACACACUGCCCUCUGCAAACUGUGUCUCUGAGCCCGCAGAGCCAUCACAGCCAAGUGUGUUUUGCUCUUCUAAACCAACACAAGCUAGUGCAUCUCUUGCAUGGGAAGCGGAAGAAUCAACGCGGUCAGCUGCAGCUUGUGCAUCUCAAACAGAUGAACCAACACAUGAUGGCACAUCCCUUUCAUGUGAUGCUGAGCUGGCACAUUCAAUAGAGCCUUUUGAGUGUGAAUCAACAGAAAGGAUGCAGCCAAAUGCUCCAUCCUUACCAGAAACAACUCAGCCAUCACAGCCUGCAGUCCCUUGUGCUGUGGAGCUGGUUGGGGAAGGGCAGCAGUCUGAGACACUGACAGACAUGCCCCGUCCAUCAGCAGUAGAAGAGCAGUCUUUGAGCAGUCGGCCCCACAAUCCUCAGAGCCCUGUGACACCUGAGCAGGUGGAUGUCUCAUCACCUGCCCAGGUCACCGUCUCCAUGGAGGUCUGCCAGACUCGCAUCACAGUCACACCACCAUCCAAGAAACCUGCUGUCCAGAGGGGCACCAAGCCCCCGAUUCCUGCUAAACCCAAAGACUAUUUGCCCAGCAGCUGGAGCUCAAUACAGCCACCAGCCAGGGACCAUCAGCAGGUUCCUGCAGCUCACCUCACCACUGUCCAUUCCAGUCCAUCGGAGGAUCCCACCACUGCUACCCAGAGCACCACCCUGAGCUCCGGGGCGUCUGAGAACCUCAACCCGGCCGUGAAACCGCCCCGCCCUCCUCGGCCACCCCGCACCCCUGAACCUCCAGCACACAGGAAGUUCCAAGGGGCAGGAAGGAAGGGCACGCAGGGCAACAUGGGAUACUUGGAGGCCCUCGUGGAGGAGAAGCUGGCAGUGGAGGGGAUCUGCCUCUCUGAGGAGCCUUACUCUGACAAGCACGGCCGUUGUGGGAUCCCCCUCACUCUGGUCCAGAGGUAUUCGGAGGAGCUCAGCGAGGCUCUGGGGGACAUAGCCAGGGUCAUGGAGCAGAUCAGAGUCCAGCAGCUUCACAAGGAACACCGCAUGGCUAUCCCAUCCAAGGGGCUGUCCGUGGUGUGUCCCAUGAAGUAGCUAUCAGGAUUCCCUGCUGCCUCUCGGGGUGUAGGCCUGAGAGUUCAGCACAGAGGCUCCCUUAACUGGAUCCCUCUCACUCAAAUAGACCUUUCAGUGAUGCUGUGUUCACCUCGCUACCCAACAAAUAACUGCCAGCAUCCACACCACUGCCAGAAUAAUAUAGUUCCUCCAGACUCAGAACUUCAUGUAUAUGGCUCAAUUAAGGCAGUGAGUAAUGUCUAUGAGAUUAUCUGAACAUCUUUAAAUCCUUCCUGCACAUCUUCUUCCUGGUUAUCGUCUGACCCCCAUGGACGGCAGAUAUGGCCAGAGAUGGAUGUUUAGGCAUUUUUUAAGUGAGAUUAUGGUCAGAAUGGUCUCAAAUUGAACUGUUGAUAAAUACAGUUUGUGUUGACGAUGUGAGGAGUUCCCCAGAAGACUGACUGAUUUGCCCUGGCAGGGUGAGGGUAAAGAGGGUGCUCUUUAAGAGAAACAUACUCUUCAUUGAGAUGACUGGUGCAAGCAAAGAUGUGUUCUUGUUUCCAGUUAAGGACACUUUUUUUCCAUAGCACUUGUGAAAGGAAGAAUGCUUUCCCCAUUGACAGUCAAGAGGAAGUGACGACUGAGUAUAUGUUAAUAUUCGACACCUGACUAACCAUGGCAUAGAGCAUUAAAAUUCUUCUAAAUCAUUGAGAGACUUUUCAUAAAUGUUCAACAUGUGUAAAUGUUGCAUAUUUAACCACUGUAUUUGUGCAGUUUUAGGAAGAGGUGGUAUCAAUUGCUGCAUUUGUUUUAGAAUGUGUUAGCCAAAUUUGUAGUGUAGGCUAUACCUUUUCCUUGACUGUCCAGUGUUUAAGUGACUGCAGACCAUAAUAAACCUGAAUUGUAUUUGAUAGUAGCAUACAUGCCUUUUGUAGCUAUCUGAGAGCCUAAAUGAAUUCAACAUCUAUAUGAAAAAUAUGGAAAAGAAAUGUAGUUUCAAGAUGUCCAACGUUACACAAUCAGAAUAGUUGAAUAAAUUAAAAAGAUGCAGUCAAAACACAGAUAACUUAUUUAUUUUGUAUACAUCACACCAAUACAAGUACUGAUUGUUGUUAAUGCAUUAUUUUGAUCUACAGUUGUUUAUAAUUUAGCAUCUCCAUUUUUAUGACCAAUAGAUGCUGUGUGAUCUCUCAGUCUGAAUCAAGUCAUUUACAAAUAAAAGCUAUUAUGAAG